CUACUCCGAUAUUAUUUCGAUUCCAGCUUAAAAGGGCAGAGAGACAAGUUUCCGUCAUACUGACAGAUCCUUUUUCUGCUUCUCAUGUUUGCUUCAUUUCUUGUCAUCUGCCUUUCAUUACGACGUUUGCACGAUAAGCAGGUUACUUGGAGCCUGAUGUACAUUGCCUUUUUAUCCUUGCCACUGAAUUUGUAUGUAUCGCCUGAUAUAUGUUUUUGUGUUUCAUACAUACCCCUUCCUCAAAUCUCUUUUUUCAUGUACCAGACUUAUUGCUACGACACAGAUUUUUCUUAUUCUGUUUCCCUUUUUGUCCUGAUAUUUUUCAUUUCUACUUUGUGAUUAACUUUCGAUUCUUCGCCAUUCUGCACAAAUGACGAUCAUGGACGAUAUGGCGUGGCCUGUUGAACUAUGUUUUUGUUACCGUU